GCCCAGGCACGGCUGGCUAGCUCGUCGCCAUUGCGAGGCCCUCAGAGGAGCUUCGCAGAGGACUCGGUGUGGAGGUGCAGGACAGCUGUCUGUACCUGGGAAGACACCUUGGGAUGGCGCCACCUCGGAGGAAGCGCCUGAGGAGAGCUGCGAAGGCCCCGGUGGAGGCUCCGGGUAUGGCAGCCAAUGACUUUUGGGGACAAGAGAGAAGAGACCUGAGUGGGCCGGAGGCUGUUCCUGAAGGAAACAAUCCAGUACCGGAUAAGCCCGGGGAGAGCAGUCCUUCUGCAGGAACAUUUGAGGACGAUGUGGGGAAUGAAGUACAGAAGAUGCUGGAAAGGCUUGGAGUUGACAUUAAACAGGCUCUUCUCACAAAGAGAAAAAUGUUCGAAAUGGGUACAAAAGCUUCUAUCAAAGCCACUAACGAAACAAUUGAGCAUGUUUGGAAACUACAACAAGAACAAAGGCAGAAUCUUCAUCUCAAAUAUUCUCAGCAGUUUCUGACUUUGUUUCAGGAGUGGAAUGUAGACAUGCAGAAAGCCCAGAAACAACAAGAAAAACUAGCCAGUAUGUUUCAAGAGCAACGAAAGGUUCUUCAACAAGCUAGAGUUGUUCAGAAUCAGAGACUGCAAAAAAUUAAAAAUUUAUAUGUGCAAUUCUUAGAGAGUAUGCAGGACUUAGAGAAGGACCAUGAACAUCUUCUUACUGAUGAACAAAGUGAAGUUAGAGAAUAAAUGACCAAGUUGCAAAACAAAAUUAUGAUGGAAGUUCAACAGCAAGAGCUGGCAAUUGUUCAAAAGUCUCUUCAAUCCCUGUUAUUCUGAUGACUUUGAAGAAAGAACUUGAACCUAAGUGCGAUGAUAGAAGCAUAACAUUAGCUACACUGAACCACAUUGCGGUAGUUUAAAAAUUGUAGUUGAAAUCAGUACAUCUUGUUUACCAUUGUUUACCAUAGCUUGCUUGUUUAGUGCAAGAAUCUUUUCCUGCUAAAACCCCAAGCCCCAAACAGUUACGUGGGUAGCAGCAAUUCCACAAUUAUAUGUAUUAAGCUUUCAGCCCUUCGUUAGUAAUGAUGACUUUGUGUACUUAACACUGUUAAUUAACUUUUAGCAACAGGAUGAUUUAAUUUGAGGCUUGGCCUCCGUGGAUCUGUAUCAGUCCCAAAAGGUUCAGAGCACACGUACAGAAAGAAGGUUACUUUGCUUUUCCUAAAGGAAAAAUAAAAUUAAAGGGUAUAAAAUCUAUCUUACCCAUGUGCCCGCUUGUAUUUUACUCAUUAGUUUACAGAGCCAAUUCUAAUAAAAAAAUAUGAUUUCAGAAAAUCUACUCUACUGCCUUAUAAAAAUUAUUAAAAGCAAACAUAAGAUUGUGGGGUUUUUUGGGAAUAAAUUAAGCUGCCUAAAAUCAUUGGGGGCACAGAACUAGAUACAUAAGUGUCAGUGCUGAGACAUGGGUUUGUGAAAAUGUCGUUUCCACAAAGACACCAAAAUGUCAUUUAAUUGGUGUUGGUUCACUAUUAAAUGACACUUGCCCUUAGCAUUGAUUGAAAGUAUUUCAUUAAUAUGUACAUAUACCUAAUGACUUAUGGUUUAAGUAUUUCACAUCUCUCUUUAAAGAUAAAUUACCUAUAGUGCCUUGUUUUCAAGUUUAAUGUUCAUUGAGUGUGUGGAACGUUGAUUUUAUAUUUGAGAACUAACAACUUGAAUAAUUAAUUCUUAUACCUUUCUUUUUGUAAUGGGCAUUUUCUUUUUACAUUUAAUAACAUAACACCAUCUUCGUUUGGGCAUGUUAUUUAAUAAACAUGACAUUGUUUCAGAAUAUAUUUGGAAUAAGUCAGUUAAAUGUGUUUUUUUCUCAGUUCCUGAAGUUGCUUUCAUGAAUCAUUCAAAAUAAAGCAUUUCCAUUCGGA